CCGCUCCCCCUGUCCCGGCGCGGGAGGACUCUCUCCAAACUCCCUAAACUCCGGGAACAAGCCCCCCGAAAGGGCGAAACUCUCAGGGACCCCCACCCCGGGCGGCGCGCCCUCGACGAACUCCGCUCGCCGAGCCCAGCUGCUGACAAGUGCCUGGACUCCAAAGAUCUCAGGAGCUCGGCCGGAGCUGAGCGUGCCCCAGGCCCGUGCCCGGUCAAGAUGCUCGUGAGGAAAGUGCCCGGCUUCGUCCCGGCUUCCCCGUGGGGGCUGCGGCUGCCGCAGAAGUUCGUCUUCCUCCUCUUCCUCUCCGGCCUGGUCACCCUGUGCUUCGGGGCCCUGUUCCUGCUGCCCAACUCCUCUCGCCUCAAGCGCCUCUUCCUGGCCCCUCGGACCCAGCAGCCCGGCCUGGAGGCGGUGGCCCAAGUCGCCAGCCACCCGAGGGCCCGCGGACAGGAGUCGCCUCCCAACCCGGCCCCCGCGGCUCCAGCCCCGGGCAAGGAUGACCCCGGCAGCCAAGCUAGUUCUCGGCGCAGAAAAGGGUGGCUGCGCCGCACGCACCCCACCGGACCCCGAGAGGAGGCCACGGCGGCCCGGGGCGGCGGCGCCACGGCCCUCAGACCCCAGGAGGGGAGCGUUCCCUCUGGCUUUGACUUCAAGGCAUUCCGGAGCCGCCUCCGCCACCCGGUCCUGGGGACUAGGGCCGACAGGAGUAAGGAGCCCCAGAGCCUAGUUCAUACCCAGCGGGAGAAAAUCAAGGAGAUGAUGCAGUUCGCCUGGCAGAGCUACAAGCGCUACGCGAUGGGGAAAAACGAGCUCCGGCCCCUCACCAGAGACGGCUACGAGGGGAACAUGUUCGGAGGCCUCAGCGGGGCCACGGUCAUCGACUCCCUCGACACCCUCUACCUCAUGGAGCUGAAGGAGGAGUUCCAGGAGGCCAAGGCCUGGGUCGAAGAGAGCUUCCACCUGAACGUGAGCGGAGAAGCGUCCUUGUUUGAAGUGAACAUCCGGUACAUCGGAGGACUCCUCUCAGCCUUCUACCUGACGGGAGAGGAGGUGUUCCGGAUAAAGGCCGUCAAGCUGGGAGAGAAACUCCUGCCAGCCUUCGACACCCCCACGGGAAUCCCAAAAGGCGUGGUGAACUUCAAAAGCGGCUCCAACAGGAGCUGGGGCUGGGCCAUGGCAGGGAGCAGCAGCAUCCUGGCGGAGUUUGGAUCCCUGCACUUGGAGUUCUUACACCUCACCCAGCUCUCUGGCAACCAGGUCUUCGCAGAAAAGGUCAGGAACAUCCGAAAGGUCCUUCGGGAAAUUGACAAGCCCUUCGGCCUCUACCCCAACUUCCUCAGCCCGGUGAGCGGGAAUUGGAUGCAACACCACGUCUCGGUUGGAGGACUCGGGGACAGUUUUUAUGAAUAUUUGAUCAAGUCCUGGCUGAUGUCGGCCAAGACAGAUACGGAAGCUAAAGAUAUGUACUACGAAGCCUUGGAGGCGAUAGAGACCCACUUGGUGAAUGUCUCUCCCGGGGGGCUGACCUACAUCGCCGAGUGGCGAGGGGGCAUCCUGGACCACAAGAUGGGGCACCUGGCCUGUUUCUCCGGGGGCAUGAUCGCCCUCGGCGCUGAGGAUGCCAAGGAAGAAAAGAGGGCCCACUACCGAGAGCUCGCAGCCCAGAUCACCAAGACGUGCCACGAGUCAUACGCCCGCUCAGAUACCAAACUGGGGCCCGAGGCCUUCUGGUUUAACUCGGGCAGAGAGGCUGUGGCCACGCAGACGAGCGAGAGCUACUACAUCCUGCGGCCGGAGGUGGUGGAGAGCUACAUGUACCUGUGGCGGCAGACCCACGACCCCAUCUACAGGGAGUGGGGCUGGGAAGCGGUGAUGGCCUUGGAGAAAUACUGUCGGACGGAAGCUGGGUUCUCCGGGAUCCAGGACGUAUACAGUAAGGUUCCCAACCACGACAACAAGCAGCAGACAUUCUUUCUGGCGGAGACUCUAAAGUAUCUCUAUCUUCUGUUCUCUGAAGAUGACAUGCUCUCCCUGGAAGACUGGGUGUUUAACACAGAGGCCCACCCGCUCCCUGUGAACCACUCGGACAGCUCCGGCCGGGGCGGGGGCUGACGCCCACCUGGAUCCCUGCCGCUCCCGGGUCGCCUCUUCUGGAUUUGGGGGUUGUUCUCAAACGGAUUGGGAACGUGGGCCCCUGCCCGGCAGACCCAGCCAAUGUGUCGGACGAGCAACUUCUUUUCCUCUAUGAGGAGACAGGACUUGGAGACGCAGAGAUGUCACAGCAGGCCCAGACAUUCCUUUCCACGGAGAAUUUCUGUGACGCCUGCUCUCUCGCCGUUCCAGGGCCAAAGCACCGGAGGUUUGCGCUGCAGCCCCGUGGAUUCGAUUUACUUCCUUUCGUUUAGGCGGUUUAUUGGGUUUUGCUUGAUUUUGCCUUUUCUCUACAGUUGUGUUUUAUCACAGAUUAUAAAUAUAGUUUCCAAAAUCAUGUGCUUUCAAAAAUGCUAUCAUCCUGAUAAACCAAACCUUAAAGUGUUUGCACUCACACACACACAAUCCUGACCCCAUUUUCUAUGUUUUGAAUUCCUUUUGCCCAACAUUUACUAUAUGUUCAAUUAUGUGUCAUUUACCUUAUGAUUUGAGGGAAGUUCCCCUUUGAUUUGGGCCAGUUAUGAAUCACUAGUGCUGUUUUCAUUACCGUAAUGGAAAAAUCUGUAAAGUUACAAUAAAAGAGUUUAUUGAAUAAGAAAUACAA